CUAUAGCGCACUGCUCGAUGUGGGCCAUUCUGACAACCUAACUAGCUAACUCUACUGGUUACUGUUCUGUGGAAUAUUCUACUUUAGAUACACUGACGUCAGGGCAUAAUGCGAUAAAUGUGUUAUUACGAUGUUCACAACCUGCUUGCAGGUAUCAGAAAGGAUUGAACCCAUAGUGGAGUCUAGCUAACCUACCAAUGGCCUGCCAGUCUAUAGCUGCAAUCAUGGACGAGCAGGCCCUGCUAGGGCUGAACCCUAAUGCUGAUGCCUGCUACAGGCAGAGGGCGAUGGUGUAUUUUGAGCAGCUGAAGGAGUCCCAGGAUGCAUGGGAGGUGUGUGCCGAGGCCCUGGCUAAAGGCAUUUACAGUGACGACCAUGUGAAGUUCUUCUGCUUCCAAGUCCUAGAGCACCAGAUCAAGUACAGACACGCUGGUCUCAGUGCUGUUCAACAGCAGCUCAUCAGGGAAACCCUCAUGAAAUGGCUCCAGUGUCAGCUGAUGAACGCCCAGCCGGAGAAGCCCUUCAUCCGCAACAAGGCGGCCCAGGUGUUUGCCCUGACCUUCGUCAUGGAGUACCUGACCCUGUGGCCCAAGUUCUUCUUCGACAUCUUGUCCCUGGUGGGGCUCAACCCCCACGGCGUGGACGUCUAUCUGCGCACGCUGAUGGCCAUCGAUGCCGAGGUGGUGGACAGGGACAUCCUCCACUCCUCUGAGGAGACGCGCAGGAAUACCCUGAUCAAAGACUUGAUGCGGGAGCAGUGCAUCCCCAGCCUGGUGGAGUCCUGGUUCCAGAUCCUGCAGGCCUACCAGCAGUCCCACCCGGAGCUCACCUGCCAGUGCCUGGAGGUGGUGGGGGCCUACGUGUCCUGGAUCGAACUCAACCUCAUCGCCAACGACAGGUUUGUGAACCUGCUGCUGAGUCAGAUGUCGGUGGAGGAGCUGAGGGAGGAGGCCUGCGACUGCCUGUUUGAGAUCGUCAACAAGGGCAUGGACCCUGUCGACAAGACCAAGCUGGUGGAGUCCCUGUGCCAAGUGCUGCAGUCUGCCGGCUUCUUCAACGUGGAGCAGGAGGAGGACGUGGACUUCCUCGCCAAGUUCUCGCGGCUGGUCAACGGGAUGGGCCAGUCGCUGGUGCUGAGCUGGACCAAGCUGGCCAAGGCGGGCAACGUGAAGGUGGCGGCGGAGACGCUGCAGGCGGUGGAGGCCAAGGUGCCGCUGCUCCUCCAGCUGCUGGUGCACGAGGACGACGACAUCUCGGCCAACAUCGUGGCCUUCUGCUACGACUACCUGCACGUGCUCAAACAGGGGUCAGACUGGCCUAGUAGCAUGCAGGUAAGGAGUGGAGAAGAAGAAGCCAUUGAAGAGAGCUGGGACAUAGCCAAGCUUCCUCAACUGACAGACCAGCAGAAAACCAACAUUGAGGCCAUCAUGCUCGCCGUCAUAAAGAAACUGACGUACGACGACGAGUACAACUUUGAAAACGAGGGGGAGGACGAGGCCAUGUUUGUGGAGUACAGGAAGCAGCUGAAGAUGCUUCUGGACCGCUUGGCUCAGGUCUCCCCAGAGCUGCUGCUCCAAGCUGUGCGCAGGGUCUUCAGCAACACCAUGCUGAACUGGCAGACGACUCCGUUCAUGGAGGUGGAGGUGGGCAUCCGGCUGCUGUACAUGCUGGGGGAGGCUCUGCCGGCCUCCCACGGGGCGCACUUCUCCGGGGACAACGCCAAGUCCAGCGCCCUGCAGGACAUGAUGAGGACGCUGGUCUCCAGUGGGGUCAGUGGGUACCAGCACACCUCUGUGGCCCUCGAGUUCUUUGAGACGGUUGUGCGAUACGACAAGUUCUUCCUCGUGGAGCCCCAGCACAUUCCAAACGUCUUGAUGGCGUUUCUGGACCAUCGCGGUCUGAGGCACAGCAGCCCUAAGGUCAGGAGCCGGGUGGCCUACCUCUUCUCUCGAUUUGUGAAAACGUUACAUAAGCACAUGAACGCCUUCAUAGAGGACAUCCUGACCAGGAUCCAGGACUUGCUGGAGCUCGCUCCUCCUGAGAACGGCUUCCCCGCGCUGCUGACCAGCGACGACCAGCUGUUCAUGUUCGAGACAGCGGGCGUGCUGAUCGUGAACGGGGAGAGCCCGGCGGAGAGGAAGCAGGCGCUGAUGAGGAGCCUGCUCACGCCGCUGACGGAGGCCUUCCGCCUCCUGCUGGCCAAGCUGCCCCAGGAGGCCGAGGAGGAGAGGCAGGCCGCGCUGGCCGACUGCCUCAGCCACGCCGUGGGGUUCGCCAGCCGCACCAGCAAGGCCUUCAGCAACAAGCAGACGGUGAAGACGUGCGGCUGCACCGAGGUGUACCGGGACUGCCUGCAGGCCUUCCUGCCGGCGCUCAGCUGCCCCGUCCAGAGGGGCUCGCUGCGCAGCUCGGUGCGCUCCUUCCUGCACCGCAUGAUCAUCUGCCUGGAGGAGGAGGUGCUGCCCUUCAUCCCCGCCGCCUCGGAGCACAUGCUGAAGGACUGCGAGGCCAAGGACCUGCAGGAGUUCAUCCCCCUCAUCAGUCAGAUCACGGCCAAGUUCAAGGGCCAGGUGUCCCCGUUCCUGCAGCAGGUGUUCAUGCCGCUGGUGCUGGCCAUCUUCGAGGUCCUGGCCCGGCCGGCGGAGGACAACGACCAGGCGGCCGCCCUGGAGAAGCAGAUGCUGAGGAGGAGCUACUUCACCUUCAUCCAGACCAUCGCCAGCAGCGGCAUGAACGAGGUCAUGGCGGGCCAGGGAGUUGAAAACAUCGAGAGGGUCCUCUUCACCAUCAUCCAGGGAGCGGUGGACUUCCCCGACCCCAUCGCCCAGAAAACCUGCUUCAUCAUCCUCUCCAAGCUGGUGGAGCUCUGGGGAGGAAAAGACGGAAUGGUCGGGUUUCCCGACUUCAUCUACAAACACAUCGUUCCAGCUUGUUUUCUUGCUCCUCUUAAGCCCACCUUUGACCUCACAGAUGCUCUGACAGUUCUGACGUUGUCAGAAUGUGCGCUGACGUUGAAAAUGAUUCAUCUCAAAAGGGGACCGGAAUUCAUUCAGUACCUACAGCAGGAGUACCUACCCUCCCUGCAGGUGUCACCUGAAAUCACACAGGAAUUAUGUCAAGUGCUGGAACAGCCAGAUGUUAAGGUCCUCAAAAGCUACAUUAAGGCAUUUUUUCAGCGAGCCAAACUAUAAAAAAGAAAAAAAAGAAACUGGAAGUUCAGAAGGAUUGUGAGGACUCAGAAGAGAGAAGAAAGGAGUUGUUGGUGCCACUUGCAACGAAGAAAAAAAAAAAACAGAGACUGAGCUUAGCAUAGGAGCUGCUUUUGCACUUAAACAUGUAACUGCAUAACGAAAGCCCAUCCUGU